UUAAAGUUGAAGAGGUUGAAACAAAAAGAGGGAGGGAGAGAGAGCAAAAUGGAGUGGAGGAAAUGGUACUUAGACGCUAUUAUUGUGCCCUUAGCUCUUGUGAUGAUGCUUUGUUACCACAUCUACUUGUACUUGAUGGUUCGUUCACAUCCCUUCUCCACCGUCCUCGGCAUUAACUCUCGCGGCCGCCGGCUCUGGAUUUCUGCUAUGAUCAAGGAGAAUCACAAGACGAACAUAUUGACGGUACAAACACUGCGUAACAUAGUGAUGGGAGCUACACUGAUGGCUACCACCUGCGUGCUCCUCUGUGCCGGUCUAGCCGCAGUGAUAAGCAGCACUUACAGCAUCAAGAAGCCCCUAAACGACGCCGUUUAUGGUGCUCAUGGAGAUAUCGCCAUAGCCGUCAAGUACCUAACAAUUCUCACAAUCUUCAUAUUCUCCUUCUUCUGCCACUCUCUCUCUAUUCGUUUCCUAAACCAAGUCGCCAUUCUCGUUAACAUCCCUAAUUUAGACCCUAAUCCCUCUGGUGACUUGUUUCUCACGUCUGAGUACGUGAGCGAGCUCUUCGAAAAGGGUUUAUUGCUCAACACGGUAGGUAACAGGUUGUUCUACGCUGGCUUUUCUCUGAUGCUAUGGAUCUUUGGUCCCAUCCUCGUGUUCUUGAGCGUUUUGGUGAUGGUGCUUGCUCUUUAUCACCUGGAUUUUGUGCCUUGCAGCAGCAAUAAAGAGAAACAAGUGGAUUGUCGUCGCGCCUCUGAUCUUCCAAAUGUUGAUGAUGAUUCAUGA